GCAUCAGGGGUCUGCAGCACCAUGGCCCAGGCCCUGGGGGAGGACCUGGUGCAGCCUGGUGAGCUGCAGGAUGACUCCAGCUCUUUGGGGUCUGACUCAGAGCUGAGUGGGCCUGGCCCAUAUCGCCAGGCUGACCGCUAUGGCUUCAUUGGGGGCAGCUCAGCAGAGCCAGGGCCAGGUCACCCUCCUGCAGACCUUAUCCGCCAGCGGGAGAUGAAGUGGGUGGAGAUGACCUCACGCUGGGAGAAAACCAUGUCUCGGCGGUACAAGAAGGUAAAGAUGCAGUGCCGGAAAGGCAUCCCCUCGGCCCUGCGGGCCCGGUGCUGGCCCCUGUUGUGCGGGGCCCAUGUGUGUCAGGAGAACAGCCGUGGCACUUAUCAGGAACUGGCUGAGGCCCCUGGGGAUCCACAGUGGCUGGAGACCAUCGGCAGGGACCUGCACCGCCAGUUCCCUCUGCAUGAGAUGUUUGUGUCACCCCAGGGUCACGGGCAGCAGGGGCUCCUCCAGGUACUCAAGGCCUACACCCUAUAUCGGCCAGAACAGGGCUACUGCCAGGCCCAGGGCCCUGUGGCUGCCGUGCUGCUCAUGUAUCUGCCUCCAGAGGAGGCCUUCUGGUGCCUGGUACAGAUCUGCGAGGUUUACCUCCCUGGCUACUACGGGCCCCAUAUGGAGACUGUACAGCUGGACGCCGAGGUGUUCACGGCCCUGCUGCGGCGGCUGCUCCCGCGUGUGUACAAGCACCUGCAGCAGGCGGGCGUCGGGCCCCUGCUCUACCUGCCCGAGUGGUUCCUGUGCCUCUUUGCCCGCUCCUUGCCCUUCCCCACCGUGCUGCGUGUCUGGGACGCUUUCCUUAGCGAGGGUGUGAAGGUGCUGUUCCGCGUGGGGCUGACACUGGUACGCCUGGCACUGGGCACCACUGAACAGCGCCUGGCCUGCCCAGGGCUCCUGGAGACGCUCGGCGCCCUUCGAGCCAUCCCGCCCGCCCAGCUGCAGGAGGAGGUCUUCAUGCCCCAGGUGCACAGCGUGGCCCUGUCCGAACAGGACUUGCAGCGGGAGAUCAAGGCCCAGCUGGCCCAGCUGCCCGCGUCGGCAUCUGGGCCACCCCCGAGGCCGCAGGCCCGCCUGCCUGGGGCCCAAGCCAUCUUUGAGGCCCAGCAGCUGGCAGGAACCCGGGGAGCCACCAGGCCCGAGGUGCCCCGCAUCGUGGUGCAGCCCCCGGAGGAGCCCAGGCCGCCACGGCGCAAGCCCCAGACCCGAGGCAAGACUUUCCAUGGGCUGCUGACUCGGUCCAGGGCGCCCCCUAUCGAGAGCCCCGCCAGGUCCCAUCGAGGCUCCACCUCCUCCCUGGACACCCGAUUCUGAAGGUCCCACUUCUGAGGGUACCAGAGACUCGGGGUCCCCCAACCCCAAUUGCCUGAACGGUGGAUGCCAGCCUCAGAGUAGGCACCGCGCUUUACAGCCGGGAUGGAUGCCUCAGCUUCUUUCCCGCGGACUGUGUCAGGCUCGAGGAUGAAGGAAGGUGAGAGAGUGAGGUUUGGGGGACCCAGGCCCAUCAUCCGCCCAUGGAGCUGUCCUGGGGCCUGGGCCCUUGUAAGCCAUCAAGCUGGCACUGAAGGAGGGUGAGGUUAGGGGCACAGGCUGGGCUUAGGGGACCCCAAGGCUCCCGGGGAGGCCUGGAAUAAAGUCUGAGCAGAAGCCCGUAUGCAGUCAGAUGGAAUGCCUUCCAGCCUCCACCCUGGACCAGCGGCUCCUUCCCCUCCGGCCCUCACUCCCCUCACAGCCCCGCCCCUCCUAGUCCAGCCCCGGCGCCUCGGGGCACACUGAGGCC